AGCCGGCAAUCGCCAUUAUCCGAAGCUUUUCUGAUCGAAAGCGAAGAGCAAGAGAAUUCAGAGCAUUAAAAAUUCAAUUUUUGGGAUAUUGUCCCCUAAUCCCUCUCUUUAUAGCUUCGAUUUUUAACGAAUUCAACCAUUGCGGGAAGUUUUCUGAUCCCCAAGGGGUAGAUCGAUGGCUGUUUUUGCUGGGAUGUUUUCUCGCUCUUCAUCUUCAUCGUCCUCGAUCGCGGCGUUGAGGAGGAAUGGCGUGAAGGUGGGGAAGAGAAGGAAUGGAGGAUUAGCGUGCCGAGCAGCUGCACAUGGAAUCGGUAAUUUGAUGGAUCAGUACAGGACGCUCCGGAUCCAGCCGGGAGCUUCCGAGAAGGAGGUCAAAAAGGCAUUUCGCCAGCUCGCUCUUCAGUAUCAUCCAGAUGUCUGCAAAGGAAAUAACUGUGGUGUUCAGUUUCAUCACAUUAAUGAAGCUUAUGAUAUUGUAAUGAGCAGCCUGAGAGCUUCAGAAGAGCGGAUCCAGCAAGAGGAAUGGAGGUUUCGGGGAUGGCCUGAGGAGGAAGAAGAGGAAGGUGAUGAGCUGAGAGGAAUGUGUGAUCCAAACUGGGAGCUUUGGGAGGAAUGGAUGGGUUGGGAAGGUGCUGGUAUAAGAGAUUACUCUUCACACAUCAAUCCUUACAUCUAAUCCUUAGGGUUCUCUAUUAAUUUUAAAAUUGUUGAAUUUAAUUUGAGAUGAGUGUGAUAAAUAUUUUAAUUGAUCAUAUUUGCAGUCUACUCUUCUUAAAAUAAAUUUGAUGAUUUUAAGAUGAUUCUGUAAGAUUCUAUUCAGGCUAUCUGGCUUUGAUGGCAAGCUCAAGCUUCUGUAAAUGUAAUAAUGGAGAUUGUUUGUAUGGUGAAAUGUAUAUAAGAAUAAA